AUGACGGGGGCUAUACUACGUGUUACAGCUGCUUAUUUCAGACGUUGUAAUUUGCAAGAAGAUGAUACGUUGCCCUCGGAGCCUGUGAAUGUCAAACGUCUUCUUCGUCACAACGGAUUUCUUCGUGCAAAUGCAGAUCCAACUCAAGGCUUUACAGAAGUGGCUUUAAAUGAGAAUAAUUUUGACAUACAAAAACCAUAUGAUAAGGAGGUAUCCGAGCGCUAUAGCUUCAUUGAUGGCGUCCAUUUCAUGUGGGUUUACAAAGACGACAAACCCCACUCUACUGACAGUCAUACCAGUCCCAGGACAGAAAUCCUGACAGGACAUGACUAUACAGAGGGAGUGUGGCAGCUCGAGGGGGACAUGUAUGUACCGCAGGGAACGUCGGGAGUGUGCGUGAUGCAGGUUUUCGGCGGUGCUCAACAUGCCACGUCGAUGAUGCUGCUGGUUUCCAAUGGAAAUCUUAGGCAUUACAAUGACCAAGUGGUGGCGUCUGAUAUUUAUGAUCGCUGGAUUCAUCUCAACGUUAUCCACAAUGCAGAGGAAGGGAAAAUAAAUGUGUUCGUGGAUGGGACGCAGAAGGCAGUGGUUAACGACGGAGGUCAUGCCAACCAUUUUUUUAAGUGUGGAGUGUACGCUAAUAAUAAUGCUUCACCUUGCAUGGAGUCUCGCUGGAAAAAUAUCAAGCUGUGGACCAAAUGA